AUGGACGAUAUUUCGGAAGAAAAUCAUCAUAAUGGCAAUCCCUUGCUGCCGGUGAUCACUGGUACUGCGAUGGAGAAAACCGCAUCGGGAUGGUUCCUGUUCUGGGCCUCUCGGACCCCAGUGGAGGAGCAAACGUGGGGUCAGUUUACCCACGACGCCCUUGCGCACUUUGAAGCGUCGAACUACGAAGAGCUUCGUCAAUUCUGCCAGACCGGUGACAUUGAGGAGUACAAUGGGAAGUACCCGUCGUUGAUCCUUCGUAUUGAGAACAUGAUCGAAGUCGACCAAGUCAGGUACUACUGCGAUGGACUCAAGCGCACCACGCAGGUUUACGUCAAGCUACAGAACGCCACGACGUAA